AGCAAGUAAACAAAACGUGAAAACAAAUAUGAAGUCAUCACUUGUUAGCUCCAAGAAUCUAAUAAGACUUCAAUCCGCUAUCUCACGCUCCUUCCUUCAACACUCAUCCAAACCCAUUUCUCAAACACCGUUCUUCAUUCCAAUCAUCCCCACAAACACCAUAAACCUGUACAAUCAACGUUACCAAAACCUCCAAUUCCAAAUCCGGUCCAACUCAACAUCCAUAAUGUCAUCAUCAGCUUUCAAGCCUGAACAAGCGAGGCUACCACCUGCUCUUCCUCUUCCCUCCCCUCCUCUCACCAAGUUCAAGAUUGGGAUUUGUCAGUUGGCAGUGACACCUGAUAAAGAGAGGAACAUACAGCAUGCUCGGAAGGCCAUCGAAGAGGCUGCUCAAAAGGGUGCCCAGCUUGUUGUCUUGCCUGAAAUAUGGAACAGCCCAUAUUCAAAUGACGGUUUUCCAGUUUAUGCUGAAGAUAUAGAUGCAGGUCAUGAUGCAUCUCCUUCAACAGCUAUGCUGUCUGAAGUUUCUAGUCGUCUGAAGAUCACGGUAGUUGGUGGAUCUAUUCCAGAACGCUGUGGGGAUAAAUUGUAUAAUACUUGUUGUGUCUUUGGUACCGAUGGAAAGCUGAAAGCCAAGCACCGCAAGAUUCACCUUUUUGAUAUCGAUAUUCCUGGGAAGAUUACCUUCAUGGAAUCCAAGACUCUUACUGCUGGGGAAACUCCUACCAUUGUGGACACAGAUGUUGGGCGAAUUGGUGUAGGGAUUUGUUAUGACAUUCGUUUUCAGGAAUUGGCAAUGAUAUAUGCCUCAAGAGGUGCUCACUUGCUAUGUUAUCCUGGAGCAUUUAACAUGACAACCGGACCAUUGCAUUGGGAGUUGCUGCAGAGAGCAAGGGCUGUGGAUAAUCAGUUAUAUGUGGCAACUUGUUCACCUGCUCGAGAUACUGGAGCUGGUUAUGUGGCUUGGGGUCACUCAACCCUUGUAGGACCUUUUGGAGAAGUCCUAGCCACAACUGAACAUGAUGAGGACAUAAUUAUAGCAGAGAUUGAUUACUCAAUACUUGAGCAACGAAGGGCUAAUCUCCCUUUGGCAAAGCAACGGCGGGGUGAUCUUUAUCAGUUGGUAGACAUCCGGAGAGUCAGUGCUCAUUGAUUAGAGAAGAGAAGCAUGUAAAUAGCUAUGAGUCAUGGUGGGGAUGUAAUAUACGGUGCAACUUUACUAAAAUCAUGGGACUGUUAUCGUCCUUUGUCCAGUUGAAGAAAAUCUGUAGUUAACCUUAACCAGAUUUUAUCAUUCGGAUGAUAGCUUUGCUACCCAUAUUUGAACAAUAAUUGGAUGUGAUACUGUUGCCAUGUUUUUAAUUGCUAAUUUAGCCAGACUUAGUCUUCAA